AUGUUGUAUUUCUUAUCUUGUGCGUACAACAGGCGUAACAUAUAUUUAUGUUAUGUUAAAUGUUUGGACAUUUUGUCCUACAACAAAAAUACAUGUUUAAAAAUGUCAUCUGUUUUUAUCAUAAGUGGUAUGCAUAUAUUUUGGUUGGUUGUGUUUUUUGUCAACUCAGUUACGACCCAAGAGCCUGCCACCAAUUUAGUGCUUCAGGCUCAAGAUUUCGUCUGUUUCCUGUUUGAAAUGCAAUUUUACGUAAUACUAUUGCUGGUGAAAUCAUCACUUGAAAUGAUCACUCAUAGGAUAUCAGACUUUUUUCAUAUGAUCAAGGUAGAGCGAUAUUAAUCAAAGAUAAUUGUAUAAUAUUUGUUAGAUUUUAUAUUUUUCAUCUGUUUAAAAAAAAAUUUUAAAUUGAUAAUGAUUUAUACAAAUUUUCAAUAUUCUAGAGAAUAAUAUCUCAUUAGAUGGAAAGAUAUUUGAUAAAAAUUGGUUUUAAAUGUAUGCAAUAUUUUUUUAUUAUUAUUUCCUUAUUUAUAUUGUUUAAUACAUUAUUUUGAUUUGAAAUAAUUAAGUCAUAAAAACAAAUUUUAUUUUUUUAAAUUCUUUAAAUGAAGUUUGAGGAAGUGUUUUUUUUGGUUUUACGAUCAAAUAUGCGAGUACAAUUAUUCUAUUCAAUUCCACAAUUUUUUUAUUUUUUUUUCAUUUUAUGUCUUAAAAUUCUUGUCUUAUUAAGAUAUUGGCAUAUUUAUUUAUUUUACGGCUUUUAAUGGCAAAUAUAGAAUUGUAUUAAAAUUGAAUUAUUGUACAUAAUUUAAUUUUUAUUAUUGUAUUCCCAUGCAGGAAAACAAAUUUGAUACAAAAAUUCUUUUGCCAGUUUAUUUUGCAAAUUGUCUAGAGGAUACUAGAUUGUUACAUAUGGAGAUAUUUAAUGUAAUGGUCAAGGUAAACAGAAUAUAUGGUCUGAAUACACUUGCCAUAAUUAUUCAGUCCAGGAUUUUGUUUGCUAUAAACUUGUAUUCUUAUAUUACAAGUUAUGCAUUGAUGGAACUUAUAGAGAGUAUGGCAACAUUUCAAAAAGUAACAUUAUUAUGUUAUUGUAGCGAAUUGAUUAAACAAAAUGUAAGUUGUAACAUAUUAUCAUUGAUUAUACUAUUUAUACUAUCUAUAAUAAAUGAUGUAGUGUUUCACCAUGUUUGGCACUAAAAAAACUUUGUGUAAUUAAUAUUUUUACAAAAAAAGUAAACAAUGUGAUUAUAUACUUAUGUAUAGUUGUAAUGCAUAUUAAAAAUAAAGCAGAAAUAGAAUGAUCAAUGAGUACAAACAUGGUAAACCACUUUAUAUACAUAUUGCAUAUCUAUUUUUAUUCAAAGUUAAAUUGUUUCUAGGAAAAUGGCAUUAAAUGUAUGAUUAAUGAAAUGGAUAUAAAUUUAUUACCUGGAGAUCAUUAUAAACACCAGGUAUAUUUUUAAUUUGUUAGUUCAUAGUUUUUAUUUGGGUAAUAAUAUUUUAUUUGUAUUUAUUUCAGAGAUAUUUAUUUAAUCAUCAAGUCAAAAAGUUAAAAUUUGAUUUGGAUGCUUAUGAGAUGUUUUCAAUUAAUUUAGAAACACUUUUAUCUGUAAGAUAUUUUAGGAGCAUUGCUUAAUUGUUUUUAAGAUAUAAAAAUAUUCAUAUGUAAACUGAGUAAAGGUAGUUUUAUAUUUAAUAUACAAUUUUUUUUUUUUUUUUUCAGAUAAUAAUUACUACUGCCAGUUACCUUCUUUUGUUCAGUCAAUUAAAUUUAACUUUAUAG